GCCCCCCGUUCCCGCGUCGGUCAGAAGGGGCCGCAGAUGGGCCCGUCCCUGGGGACAGCCUCGGCUCCGCGUCCUCGCUCGGGCGCCGGUGGCGGUGUGCCUGAAGGUCGGGGGGACAUACGGUCCCCCCAAAUAAAACGAGGGCAGAGAUCCACGAUGUCGUCUGUGUGUGCGAGGCCCUUCCUGUUUCACAGAGGACUCGGCAUGAUAAGAACUAAAAGGGAAGCGUUCGUAUUUCAAGAUCUCUAAGAAGAGGUCGCAAUAUUUAACAUGGAACACAAACCUUGUGAGUCAAAUAAUGAAGAUUUAUCAAGCAGUGGCAUCGCAUCCAAUGGAGGUUCUUCAAGUCCAUUUUUUAUGUCACCUGUACGUGGUACAAUAAUUGAAAACACAUCUGCAUCUGGAACUUUGACACAAAUUCCUUUUUUCCCUAAAUAUGAAGCAGAGCUUGAUUCUCACAGGAAAAUCAUCCCUUACCCUGGAAAAGAACACAUCGAACGUGUUUUGGAAGAAUAUUCACAUCAAGUCAAAGAUUUGCAGAAAAGACUGAAUGAAAGCAAUGAAUUGCAUGAGAAACAGAAAUUUUAUUUAAGGCAGUCAGUCAUUGAUUUGCAAACAAAACUUCAAGAGAUGCAAAUGGAGAGAGAUGCCAUGGCGGACAUCAGACGAAGGGAGAGUCAGUCCCAGGAGGAUUUAAGAAAUCAGCUUCAAAGUACAGUUCAUGAACUGGAAGCUGCCAGAUGCCUUAAGGAGGACAUGCUGAAAGAUAGCAACACACAGAUAGAGCAGCUAAGAAAGAUGAUGCUUAGUCAUGAGGGAGUGCUUCAUGAAAUCCGAUCAAUCCUGGUUGACUUUGAACAAGCCUCAGGCAAGAAAAUAUAUGAACACGACAGCGUGUCUGCUAUCCACUUCCGCAACAUGGGCUCAGCUAUUAGUAAAAUCCUAAGAGAAUUAGACACAGAGAUUUCUUAUCUUAAAGGGAGGAUAUUUCCAGUAGAAGAUCAGCUUGAAGCACUGAAAUCUGAGUCACAGAACAAAAUAGAACUACUACUUCAACAACAUCAAGAUAGGAUUGAGCAGUUAAUAAGUGAACAUGAAAUUGAAAUAACAGGACUUACCGAGAAAGCUAGCAGUGCUCGAAGCCAAGCCAAUAGUAUCCAAAGUCAAAUGGAAAUCAUUCAAGAACAAGCAAGAAACCAAAAUUCAAUGUAUAUGCGUCAACUCAGUGAACUGGAAUCUACUGUUUCUCAGCUCCGUUCUGAGCUAAGGGAAGCCAAAAGGAUGUAUGAAGACAAGAUAGAAGAGCUGGAGAAGCAGCUAGUCCUUGCCAACUCCGAGCUCAGUGAAGCACGGACAGAACGCGACCAAUUCAGUCAGGAAUCUGGAAAUCUGGACGAUCAACUUCAAAAGCUGUUGGCUGAUCUUCAUAAGAGAGAGAAGGAGCUGAGUCUGGAGAAGGAGCAGAAUAAGCGUCUGUGGGAUCGGGACACCGGCAACAGCAUCACCAUUGACCACCUGAGGCGGGAGCUGGACGACAGGAACAUGGAGGUGCAGCGCCUAGAAGCCCUCCUCAAGGCCAUGAAGAGCGAGUGUCAGGGCCAGAUGGAACGGCAGAUGGCAGCAAUUCAGGGAAAGAAUGAAAGCCUAGAAAAAGUGUCCUCCUUGACUGCUCAGCUUGAAUCCACCAAAGAGAUGCUCCGCAAAGUAGUAGAAGAGUUGACAGCCAAGAAAAUGACCCUGGAGAGCUCAGAGAGGACCGUAUCGGAUUUGACAGCUUCCCUCCAGGAUAAAGAGAGAGCAAUAGAGGCCACCAAUGCGGAGAUCACAAAGCUCCGUUCCCGGGUAGACUUGAAAUUGCAGGAGCUGCAGCACCUGAAAAAUGAAGGGGAUCACCUCAGAAAUGUGCAGACAGAAUGUGAGGCCCUCAAGCUCCAGAUGGCCGAAAAGGACAAGGUGAUCGAGAUUUUGCGACAGCAGAUUGAAAACAUGACGCAGUUGGUGGGCCAGCACGGACGAACUGCUGGUGCUAUGCAAGUAGAAAAAGCUCAGCUUGAGAAAGAGGUUAAUGAUAGGAGACUGGAACUACAGGAAUUUAAGAUUUUAAAAGAUAAAAAAGAUGCAAAGAUCCGAGAACUCGAGGCCAGAGUGAGCGACCUGGAGCUGGAGAAGGUGAAGCUGGUGAAUGCCGGCUCUGAGCGGCUCCGUGCAGUGAAGGACAUCAAGCAGGAGAGAGAUCAGUUAUUAAAUGAGGUGAAAGCUAGUAGGAAUGAUUUAAACAGUCUCACAGAAGACUACGAAGUCUUAAAAAGGAAUUUUCGAAACAAAAGUGAAGAAAUGGAAACUACUACAAAUAAGCUGAAAAUGCAAUUAAAAUCUGCACAGUCUGAACUAGAACAAACAAGAAAUACAUUAAAGUCAAUGGAAGGAUCUGAUGGUCAUGCUAUGAAAGUGGCAAUGGGAAUGCAAAAGCAAAUCACAGCUAAAAGAGGUCAGAUAGAUGCCCUUCAGAGCAAGAUACAAUUUUUGGAAGAGGCAAUGACAAAUUCAAAUAAGGAAAAGCAUUUUCUAAAAGAAGAAAAGAAUAAAUUAAGCCAGGAGUUGAGUACUGUUGCAACAGAGAAAAACAAGAUUGCUGGAGAACUAGAAGUCCUGAGAUCUCAGGAACGUCGUUUGAAAGAAAAGGUUGCAAAUAUGGAAGUUGCUCUUGAUAAGGCAUCUUUGCAGUUUGCAGAAUGCCAAGAUAUAAUACAACGCCAGGAGCAAGAAUCCAUGCGCUUGAAGCUUCAGCACACUUUGGACGUAAAAGAACUUCAGGGCCCUGGAUACACCUCAAGUUCUUCUGCGAAACCACGCCUUCUGCAGUCCUCUGCUGCCCGCUCUCACUCUAAUAUACCAUCUUCCCAGUCCACGGCCAGCUUCCUGUCUCAUCACUCUAUGAAGCCUAAGGAGGAUCCAACAAGGGACCUGAAACAGCUUCUGCAGGAGCUGAGAAGCGUGAUCAACGAGGAGCCCGCCGUGCCUCUGGGCAAGACGGAGGAAGGCGGGAGAACACCGUCCCUGGGGGCCGCCUAUGGAGAUGACAGAGUAAUAGAUUGCAUUACUGAAUCAAGCCUGAGAUUAGAGAUAUGCCAUAGAAGCAACAACUCAUUAAGGGACUCCACUGAAGACAGCAAAUCAAGUGAAACUCUCAGUAGAGAGCCAGUCACAUUACACACAGGAGAUCUGGAAGAUCCCUCCAGCAGCUUUACAUUCCCAUCUACAGUAAAUCCAUCUGUGAAAAAUUCAGCUUCUCGUUCAUUCCAUUCUUCUCCUAAGAAGUCUCCAGUUCACUCGCUCCUAACUAGUUCAGCUGAAGAGUCGAUAGGUUCCACAUCUCAGUAUAGAUCUACCAAAACUGCUCGUUCAGCUGAAUCUGUUAAAGCUUCACAGUCUCAGCCAAUAGAAACCACAGGAAAAACAUGCAGGAAGCUUCAGAACAGACUGGAAAGCUUGCAAACUCUGGUGGAAGAUUUACAGAUGAAGAACCAAGGUACGGUGUCCAUUUGGCGAGAUCUUCCUUGCUCAAAAGAAUACUCACCUUCCCUUCAGGUUAAGCCUCCUAUCUUUUGAGCCACUGCAGAGCAUCUUGAAUAAGCAUCCUUAGUCAAAAUAUAAGGGUCUUAGCCAUGGCCGAGCCCUCGAUUCAUUGUGUGACUUGCAGGUCACUUUAGUCCUGCUCUACUGCAGAUCGGCAUUUGUAUGAUGGUGGCCAGGGCACGAUUGCGGUCAAUAGUCAGAAAACAAAAUAGCAGUGUUUAGCCUUACACGGGGCUUUCAGGAGCAUGGACUGUGAGGGACUAUGCCACAGGCUGCUCUGUCUCACUGCUUCACAAUAACUCUCACUUAAAAAAAAAAAGGGGGGAGAGACUAUGCCACAAAAUGAACCACUAAAUAAAAAGAUAAAUGACUUAUAAAUGUGCUAAAGCUACUUGAAUGAGAAAUUAUUGUACUCUGCAUUUGAUAGGCAACUUUUGGGCAUAAGUUUUAAGUGGAUUUCCUGUGGAUAUGCGAGGAUAUGGAUAUGUUCCCAUGGGCUUGGAGGGCUAUCACAUUUUAUGCUUUUCUGACAUAAGUUCAUGAAUCCUGGAGCCUUUUUUCAGAGGGAAAUUAAUUUUGGAGUAUACAUAGUACUCCAUCUUUCUGACUUUAGAAAAAUAAGUUGCAGAUGAAGGAUAAUAAAUAUUUUCCUAAGAACAAAUCCUUAUAAAAGAAAUUUAACCUCACUAAUAAUAAUAGUUGCUAUUAGCAUUUGUUGAGCAUUUACCAGCUAUGUGGCAGGCCCUGUUUCCAGAACUUUACCGAUGUUUUCUCCAUGGGAGCCUCACAACAGCACGAGAGGUGGGCACUAGUGUUAUGUCAUUUGAAAAUGAGGAAACUGAAGAUAGGAUCACAGCCAGUCAAUAAACUCCAAGUCACACGUGCAGUGGAUCUGGGACUUGAUCUCUGUAUUCCACAUGUUUUACUGCACUAAGGCUAUACCAAAUUGUUACUAAAGAAAAUUCCAGAUCCCUUAUGAUGACCCCAGAUCCCUAUGGAUAUAAAUAUCAGGAAAAAGUGUUUCAUUUUAAAUUUAUUGUGAGCUCUUUAAAGAAGAUGCAUUAUCUUCUUUCCUUGCCCCAUUUUUAUCACACUUUAACUUGUAUUUCUGAGCUCAUCUGAGUAAUAGUCCAAAUGGGAGACAUGUCGCAUUUACUUAAAAAAUAAAAAGACCUUUAUGUUGGAUACAUUGUCUGGAUGGACUGUCUCUUAGAAAUUAUGAAAUAAUUAUUUUGGAGAGAAUUUUGGGAGCAUUUAUCAAAAUUUAAAGUACAAAUCUGCCUUGACCCAGAAAUUCCACUUCUAACAAUUAAUUCUACAAGAAGCAAUUGUACACACACACAAAGGUUUGUUUACAAGAGUAUUUCCUGUAACAUCAUUUAUAAACAAACUAAGGAAGCAACUUUUAAAAAUUUAUUUGCUGACAUGUCGGUACAUCCAUAAAUGGAAUACUGUGCAGUCAUAACAAACAUGAGCUGGACUGGGAAGAUGUUAACGUUUUGUUACGUAAAUCAAGCUACAGGACAAUUAAUACAUUUACAUUUAUGUAAAGAAGAAAAUUCUGUGCAGUGUGUGUGUGCGCGUGUACAUGAGAUAUUCACCAGACUGUUUAGUGAUGACCUCGGGGCGGGGGUGGGGGGAGUCAGCAGAUGAAGGGACCAGAGGCAAAGACUGACUUGCGUCUCCCUUUGUACACUUCUGAGGUGUUCAGAUUAUUAACAAUAGUAUGUAUUACUUCUAUAAUAACAUUGUGCUCAUUAAAAUAACUGAGAAAGUAGAGAUUUUUCCUUAGCUCUAUUUCCAUAACAUAUCUUUUCAAAAAUAUGCUACUUUGCGAUUUUUAAGAACUUCUUGAGCUCAGAAUGUGUGUAUAUCCUACAGUAGCGAGCUGACCUUUAAAAAAGCACAUAAUAGAAUUAAAGCCUCAGUAAAUGUUGCUGUUCUAACUUUGUUCUGUCGACAUUUUCAGCAAUGUCUUCGAUGAUCAGAAAUCAAGAAAAGAGAAUACAGAAAGUGAAAGACCAGGAAAAAAUGUUGCUAAAAUGACACCUUGCUUGCCUG